AUGGCAAGCAUCGUCCAGCGGCCUCUGAGCCGAUUCCGCAAGACGGAGUCAUAUAAACCCCUCCAUGAACGGUGGGGCGAUGCAACGAUCUCAGCCCCGACAGAGGGGGCAUGGAAUCAACUCGAGAACCCUCGUCCAUAUUCUCACAAAAGUUACGAACACAGUCACCGGUCCACCCGAGACUCACGAGAAAGCUACGAUGGAGCCUCAUCUCCAGAAGUUAGUCUUUCGCGCAAGCAAAACUCCUCCUUCUCCAUGCGCACGCUGAACCCGCGUCGGCUUUCCAUCCGCUUGGCUCCUCGAUCAAAGCAAGUCACCUAUGACCAAACCGAAAUGGAGCCUCUGCACCACGCUGAACGGAGAACUGAGUUUGCCUACAAACCUAUCAGCCAGGACUACCCGACCCAAGUAGCAGAGACAGCGGCCUCCCGGGUCCAUGAUUCGCCCCGUUUCCGGUACAUCCCUGCCGACAUGCGCGCUGCGACUGCCUCACCCGGCAGCGAAAGAUAUUCAACCGGGUCACAACACAGCGUACAGUCAAACUACGAUGAUCGAGACGGUCGGACCAGGCGGCAACACAUUCGCCGGGACUCUCGGUAUGAGGACACGCACGAUUACUACCUAGAACCACUCGACCGAUCGCGCCAGUCAUCUCGAACGGGAUAUAGGAGCAGCGGUGAAUUCAGUGAGUGGGCGAUUGCAUCGCAUAUAAACACGAGUACGUCGUUGGAGAAAAAGAGACUUCGCGCUGCGAAGCGCAUGACCAUGGCCAUGAAUGACCCAUGGGGCAAGAAAGGAAAGAAUUCAGCAGCCGGUCAGCUCUGGUCCAAGACGCCCAAUAACGGAGAUAUACAAGACGACCAAACCUACUCGGAGAUGUGGAUGGGGACGUAUCCAACCGUCCCCUCUCGGCUUCUCUCAACAGGCGAGCUCCUCUCCGACUAUCUAAAGAAGAACCCCCACCUCGUCGGCCAACAAGUCCUAGACAAAUACGGGCCUGAGAUCCCUUUCCUCCCUAAAAUCCUCUCCUUCUCCAAAGCCCUCCCCCUCCAACUUCAUCCCAACAAAUCCCUCGCCGAAAAACUCCACAAAGAAAACCCUUCCCAGUUCGCCGACGCUAACCACAAACCCGAGAUCGCCGUCGCCCUCUCCAACUUCGAGCUCUUCGUUGGCUUCAAACCCCUCCCCGAGCUCGAAUCCAUCAUGAAGCUCAAACCUCUCGAGCAGCUCCUCCCCGGAAACCAACCCUUUACGAACGACCUCCUCCGCGAUCUAUGCAAAACCCUCCUCACAAUACCCCCCAUCGUAGUCUCCGAAAUAAUAACCUCCCUCCUAGACCUCCCAGAAGCCCAAUUCGGCAAACACCGCUACAUCCCAGGCCUCCUCGACCGCCUCCGCAAACAAUACACUGAAUUCGACAACGGGAACUUAGUCGCCGCUCUCCUAAUGAACUACAUGGCCCUGGGACCAGGCGAAGCCGUCUGCGUCCCGGCGGAUAGCAUGCACGCAUACCUGUGCGGGGAUAUCAUAGAGUGCAUGGCGCGGUCUGAUAAUGUACUUAAUACGGGAUUCUGUCCGCGGGCGGAGCGGGAUAAUGUGGAGUUGUUUACGCGCGCGUUAAGCUUUCAGCCGCAUGGGGUCGAUGAGGCGGUUUUGCCGCGGAGGAGGAGUGAGAUUGGGACGCUUGGUAGGUCGGACGUUUAUGCGCCGCCGUUUGGGGAGUUUAAUGUUCUUGUUACGGUUCUUGGGGCUGGGGAGAGGGAGUCGCAGAGGGGGGUUUCCGGGCCGAGUCUGUUGUUUGUUACGAGGGGGUGUGGGCGAUUGGAGGUUAAGGGGUCUGAGACUGUGAAAUUGUUUGAUUUGAGGGAGGGGUAUGUGUUUUUUGUUGGAGAAGGAGUCGGUUUGGAUUUUGAUACAGAUAGGGGAAUUGCGGUUUAUAGGGCUUAUGCUGAGUAG